GCUGGGAUUACAGGCGUGAGCCACCGCGCCUGGCUUUUGUUUUGUUUUUUAAAUGGGACAUGCUGCCUAGUGUUGGAGGUAGUCACCAAUACUUACCUCCUCCCUCCUCCCUGGUUCCAGGGGUACUGCUGGACAUUAAACUAAGCCAAAGUGGGGAUAAGGAGGAAGGUAAAAGGGUUGAUAUGGAAAAAGCUAUAUGAGGGAGGAGGGCAGAGUUGACACCUGAGGAGAGGAACCUACAGCCGGGUCCCUCCCAAGCUGUAGGGGAAACAAGUUUAACAGGACUUAGCCCUGAAGGAACAACAGUUGCUGAAAUGGGCGGCGGAGAAAGACCAUAUGGGUUCGUCUGAAGAAUAGGGAGGUACGGAGCAGGGCAGGAUUACAAAUGGAGUGACACUGCGGGACCGGAUUAUUGGCGAGUUGCCCCGCUUUAGAUCCUCAGCGGUUGGACGAGUUUAAUUAGAAUACUAAGUAGGUCCGCCCAGAAGCUUUCACCCUGCCCUCUGACCCUAGGGCCCAGCCCAAGGAGGCACUCAGGGUUAGGAGGUCUGGGCGAGAAGCAACUAGGGCCCUCAUCACUUCGCCGCCGAAUCCCCGGCGCCGCCCAGCGGGGCACAGCCAGGCCAGGGCCGCCCGCCCAACCUGGUCCGCUGCCUCUUCGGCCAUGGAAGCUGCCGGCAACCCUGCGGCUACGGAGACAGGCAAGUAUAUUGCGUCAACACAGCGACCUGACGGGACCUGGCGCAAGCAGCGGAGGGUGAAAGAAGGAUAUGUGCCCCAGGAGGAGGUCCCAGUAUAUGAAAACAAGUAUGUGAAGUUUUUCAAGAGUAAACCAGAGUUGCCCCCAGGGCUAAGCCCUGAGGCCACUGCUCCUGUCACCCCAUCCAGGCCUGAAGGUGGUGAACCAGGCCUCUCCAAGACAGCCAAACGCAACCUGAAGCGAAAGGAGAAGAGGCGGCAGCAGCAAGAGAAAGGAGAGGCAGAGGCCUUGAGCAGGACUCUUGAUAAGGUGUCCCUGGAAGAGACAGCCCAACUCCCCAGUGCUCCACAGGGCUCCCGGGCAGCCCCCACAGCUGCAUCUGACCAGCCUGACUCAGCUGCCACCACUGAGAAAGCCAAGAAAAUAAAGAACCUAAAGAAGAAGCUCCGGCAGGUGGAAGAGCUGCAGCAGCGGAUCCAGGCUGGGGAAGUCAGCCAGCCCAGCAAAGAGCAGCUGGAAAAGCUAGCAAGGAGGAGGGCGCUAGAAGAGGAGUUAGAGGACUUGGAGUUAGGCCUCUGAGGCCUUUGGGGAAUAGGGAAUGGACUGCAGAAUAAACCAUGGGGCUCUCUGGGGUCUGGGGGAAUACGGGCAACAGCAGUCAGGAGGGGUACCCCCCAUACUGGCUUACUUCCACUUCUUGCGGCCCAGCUCUGUCCUCCAGAGCCUAGCAUCUCCCUCAAUCCUUCCCUUUUCUUCUCAACUACUUUUUGGACUUUCCCCCUCCCAUUCCCAGUGUUCAGAAUCUCAGUGACUACCCCAGGUACCUUUGCUGCUGAUUUGGGUGUCUUGUUUAAAAGAAAAUCAGGUGGGUGGGAAUCUCUUGGAGAACUGAGGCUGAGGGUAGAGGGAGUAUGCCCAAGUCUUGGAGUCUUGGUUCCUGUUCGCGGUGUUUAUGGGUUAUUUCCCUCUCCAUCCCUCAUCUUUUUUUUUUUUUUUUUUUUUUAAAAAAAGCAAAAACGAGAAUAAACACAAGUAGACAUGUC